CAAGUUUAUCCGCGAGUGACCCGUGCAUUGUCGCUACUAGUUUGAAUUGAAGACCUGCUUUCAGCCGACAGGCAUAAAAUUUCUCCAUAAAAUAUAUAUAUCAGUGUCGCAUAUUUAAUAAUAGUGUGGAAAACAAAUACGGUGUUUAAAAAUGGAGUAUAUAAAUAGGAUAGUGGACGGGUAUCAUGACCUGAUGGAUAAUCAGAGCGACCAGAGAGUAAAGGACUGGCCUAUGAUGUCUUCACCUUUUCCAACGCUCGCUAUCUGCCUUACCUAUGUCUUCAUAGUUAAAGUUUUAGGUCCAAAGCUAAUGGAAAACAGAAAACCGUUCGAAUUGAAAACAGUGCUCAUAUGGUACAAUUUGUUCCAAGUCAUAUUUAGCAUCUGGUUGUUUUCUGAGAGUGUUGCUGGUGGUUGGUUCACAUCGUACAGCUUCAGAUGCCAACCAGUUGAUUACUCUAACAAUCCAAGCGCUUUACGGAUAGCGCAAGGUUGCUGGUGGUACUACUUCUCUAAAUUCACAGAAUUUUUCGACACGAUCUUCUUCGUUAUGCGUAAGAAGUUUGACCAUGUUUCGAAGUUGCAUGUUAUUCACCACGGCAUUAUGCCUAUGUCGGUCUGGUUCGGAGUCAAGUUCACGCCAGGUGGUCAUUCAACAUUCUUCGGCAUGCUAAACACCUUCGUUCACAUUGUGAUGUACUCGUACUAUCUACUGGCCGCCUUCGGUCCGAAGGUGCAGAAAUACUUGUGGUGGAAGAAAUACCUCACCGCCCUACAAAUGGUUCAAUUUGUGUUGGUGUUCAUCCACGCUUUCCAACUUCUGUUUAUCGACUGCGACUAUCCUCGUGCUUUUGUUUGGUGGAUUGGAAUGCACGCCGUUCUCUUCUACUAUCUCUUUUCGGACUUCUACAAACAGGCCUACAUCAAGAAAGCGAAGAGUUUAAAGGCGAAUGAAAAAGUUGAAGUAGAAUCAUCCAAGAUUGACUAUGAAUCGAAAGAAAGAAAACUGCCUCUUCUGAACGGCUUCAGCAAUGGGUCGACAUUGGGCGACGUACGGCAGAGGAUGGCGAGCGCAGUCGCCUCUCAGUGAACCUUGACGUUUAGGCCGUGGCACCUUCUAGUGCCAUAAUUAACCGGGACCGUUGAGACCACUUCCGAAACUGGUAUUUAAAACAUCGGCACCAGUUUCUAAAAGUAAUAUGGUCUUAUUCUUUCCCUCAUCUUGCCUUGGAUAUAAGUGUCAUGGUGUUAAGUGAAACUUUAUAGAGAAUGAUGUACGUGUCGUGAGACGGACAAUGUACAAAGUGAAUCUCAAGUUAAGCUCAAUUAGUUACAUAUGUGGUAUAGCUAAGUAGAAUAAUAAAAUGGUGCUGUCACAGGGACCUAGCUGGAACAUAGUGCUCAAAUUGAAAUUUAAAAACCAUUUACAAGAUGAAACAUCAUUAUAGAAAAAAAUAUUUAUUUUUAUAUGGUUGAUCUUAUAAAUGCCAUUUUAUAUUUUCAUAAUGUGUUUUUUUUUAUAUUUUUACAAUUUUAAAAUACUUAAUGUGUUUAUACCGCAAACUCCAUAGCUAGAUUAUGUUGUGUUACAUGUUAUUGUUAUAUUAACAAAGUAAUAAAAGUUGUAUAUUUUUUUGCGUUACCUAUAUAAAAAAAGCAUUUGAAUAAUAACAUUUUUAUAUAUAUUUUUAUUAUAAUCGAAUCAAAAAAAGCAAAUUAAAAUAUUUGCAUUUUUUUAGUAUAAAGAAAUAAAUAAAAUUAACUUAUCAGUAUCAGGAAAUAUGUUUAAGGUUAUUUGGAAGGCUAACUUAUAUCAUCUGUGAUUAUAAUCAAAUAAAUAUGUAUAUCGUACAACAAAAAUCUAAAAUCAAUGAACGUUAUAUUUUUAUUUUUAAUAAAUGAUCAAGUGAUAUAGUUUGAAUUAUUUAAGAAAAAGUUUGAUCGUGUAUAGCACCUACGUAUUUUAAAAAUAUAAAUUGUACCUCUAAUUGUAGUUAUAAUCUGUAGUGACUUCAUUAUUAUGAUUAAAAAUUAUAAAAAUCAAAGCAGUAGACAAGACCUGCAAUGAAACGUAUUUAGUAGAUAAAAAUAAUGUUGUUUAGUCCCAAUGUAGUGUCUAUCUUAUGUGUCACCGACUAAGUUAAAGUAAAUUCAGUCAAAUUAAAUUAAAAAAAUCAGUAGGUACUCUUUUCAGAAGAACUUUUUCUUCUUAAUAUCCUAAGCCUCUAAGAUAUUUGUGGAUAAUAUAAAUAUAUAUUAUAUAGAUACUUCAAUACAAAUCACGCUAGAUUUGAAUUGAAGUAUUUGAAUUUAGUCUUAUGAAUAUAAAAUAACUAAAAAAACCAAAAUAUAUACUCCUAUUUUACUGUGAUUGCGAUAUUAAGUUAGAGUAUUGCAAAAUAAUAAUGUAACAGUAUUGAAAACCAGAAGAGAAAUAAAAAAUUGACAUAAAAAUGUUUUGUUCCUUGUAUGAUUGUCAAGUUGUUUGGUCUGUUCAAAAAGUCGUUUAUGUGGAUAACAUGCAGUAAAGCUUAUCGCGUAAUUUAAAGACCAGAAAUGAAUCAAGCCACAAAACAUUUUGGAAACAGACUUAUGGCGUAAAUAGCAAUUUGUACAUUCCAGACACCAAAAAUUUUUAUAAAAGUUUUUUUUUAUAUAUCGUCACUACAAUUUUUAAAGGUGUUAGCGGUAUGAAAAGUAUCUAUUAGUCAGUGCAUUAAGGCAUCGGUUAGCUAUUUGAGAAUUGAUAAUAUUGUAAUGAAUUUUGUGAUACUUAUUUAAAUAAAGUUUGCCCGUCAUA